UGCUCAGUACUGUUCGAUGCAAUGCCGUUGUGAAGGUACUACCAUGGACUGCAGCCACGUAGCUUGGGUAAGAUUUCCUCGUGACGAAGCCAUAUUUUCUUCAACGGAAACUCUUCUGAUGAACGAUAACCGGAGGAUAACUGUGCCUUUGGGGCCUCGAAUUCCAAACCUGUUAGAACUAAGCCUCGAAGAUAACUGGAUCACGACGCUUGAAAGAUCCCCCUUCCGCCUGCGGCCAAAUCUGAAGGUUCUUCGGCUUGAGGGGAAUAAAAUCAUCCAUGUGGUCAGGGAUGCCUUUGAUGGACUUGACAAACUUGUGAAACUGUAUCUGAACCGUAACAACAUCGAAACGGUAGAAGCGUUUGGAGGAAGUUCUGCUACAAGUAGUUUGGAAAUUCUGGACUUACAGAGAAACAAACUCGAGUCUAUAACGAUUGGUACUUUCACUGGAAUUCCGUUGCUCACGGAGCUCAACUUAUCGUCCAAUAACAUCUCAACGAUUGAAGAUGGGAGCUUCAGUGGUCUCAAAAAGUUACGUGUCCUCUACCUGCAUUCCAACCAGAUCUUUCGGCUGACCAACGAGACAUUUAUGGGGCUGUCCUCAUUGAAGCGUCUUGUUUUGGCUGACAAUAAGAUACAGAAUCUACCAGAUAUGGUCUUCAGUGAUUCCACAACGCUAGAGUUUCUUGAUCUUGUAUCUAACGGCAUCUCCCAAAUCACAGAGGCAGCAUUCUCUGGAUUGUUCAAUCUUACGGGUCUGUAUCUGGGUAGUAACAACAUCAGUUUUGUGGAGGACGGUGCGUUUCGUGAUCUGGUCAAACUAAACACGUUGUCACUGUCCAACAACAAGCUACAGGACAUCUCAGCUUCAACUUUUAUCGGUCUGGCUCCUGACGAUAGAACAGACAGUACAGGACUGGAGGUGCUGCACCUCUCUGGGAAUCGUCUCACGGCUGUGAGGAGGGAGGAUUUCGCAAGGCUGACAAAACUGACUUCUUUGCGGCUAUCCGUCAAUGAAAUUACAAGUGAAGGACUGGAAGAUGGUUCAUUCGCCAACCUCGGCAACCUUGUCUACUUUACUCUAAGGCGCAACCUUCUUACGAAUAUUUCUGCAGCAACACUUCAAGGAACCCCUACAGUAGUAACUCCUUUCACCCUGAUGUAUUCGGCAAUUUAACGGCACUACAAUACCUGGAUAUCUUCAGAGCAACGAGCUUGUCACCGCGUGUGUUUCGCCACCUACCCUGCCUCCAAACUGUGACAUUUGGGAACAGUCUUACCUGCGAUUGUGACAUACUUGAUCUGGCGAAAUGGCUGAAUAAAACAG